AUGGCGAUAUUCACUGACGGUGCCGACUACGAUGCCGGCGAAACGUUUGGGAAUGUUACACGUCCACGGUUCAACUUUGGAAAUGAUCAUCCAGACAAUGGACUCCGGACUAGGGAAGCAGCAGAGAUAGCCUUGAAUUAUUCCAAGCAUCAGUAUGAGAAGACUGGCCGUCUGCCACUGAUGAUACCACGGUCCUGUGGCUGGCUCUGCGUUCGUUGCAUUGGCACACGGUCUGCAAAGACCAAUACUAAUCGCCCAUGUAAUUCCUCUUCAUGCUUUGGUAAUCAUGCAAGCUGUUUAUGCUACUGUUGCUGCGGUUUUGAAUCCGAAAUCGAACCAAAAAAGCUGACGGACUCAACUGAGCAAUUGCCCCUCCCUUUGCAGCCUUCAUCUACAACUCUACCUCCUCUCUAUCAGGUCACAGCAUCCACAACUCUUGAUGGAGAUACGUCGACCUUUCAAUGUUUCGAGUUACACAAUACGAACCUCGAUAUUCCUGACUCGGAGCCCGGGUUAAACGAUGUCGAGAAUGAGGAAGAUGAUAACGUUCAGAAUAUUUUGACCAAAGAUCCUGAUACUUUAUCAUGCCUGACUAGUGUUGAUAAACUGCCACGUGUUUAUAGUCCUCACACUGCUAGCUGUUGUGAAAGUUGUAAACCAGUGGAUGCAAUCGACUUCUACUCCCAUGAAAUGAAUUCGCUUUCACAUUCACUCGCUAUAGAAAGAUCAAAGGCAGUACAAACGCAAAUCGGCAUUGUCUUCGUUACCUUUACCAAGCAGGAACACGCGGCCCUGUAA